AUGCGACGCAUUUCGUUCCGUUCAAUUUUUUCGACUAUUGCAUUAUCAGCUUGUUGUAUUGUAUUGAUAUUUCUUUUUACUAACUUGAAUAAUCAUCCAAAUGAGAUAGAAUCUCUAUCAGUUAAAUGUGAUUGUCCAACAUUAGCACAACCUGCUUCAAAAACAGAACCAUUAAUUGUUCCAAAAGCAGAAGUACCAGUUACUCCGAAAAUUGAUGCAAUAACUAGUACUCAAACUCCACAACCAUUACCUCCUUGUAAAGAAGUUGAAAACGGUUCACCUGUACAACGAGCAAUUAUUAUUUAUUAUCCACAUCAUCAAGGUGAAUAUUUUUUUCCAGAAAUCAGAUGGUUAUAUCGUUCUUGGGCUGAAAUGUUACGUGAUCAACCACCAAUAUGGCGUACAGAUUUUCUUGUAUUUACAUAUAAUUUUUCAGCCGAAUUUCGAAGUCUUGGUUGUAUUAAUCGUAUUCGUCAAAAUAAAGAAGAACCAUCUGUAUGUCGUCUUUUUCUCUAUGUUCCUAUUCAAUUUCGAACAAAAAAUGUCACUGAUAAUAAUUAUGAACAUGCAUUUGAUCAUUCAAAAAAUUUAGCAAAAAUUUAUAAUGAAACUUCAGAAGAAAUGGUUACUAUACCUAACACAAACGAUAAUCAAACAUAUGAUGCUAAACGUUCAGAAUUAUUAUUUGCUAUUCUUCGAGCAUAUGGAUAUAUUGAUUCAAUUAAUACAAUAUAUGAAGGUUAUAAAAUGUUUAAAAUGUAUGAUUUUGUUUUGAGAACUGAUAUUGAUGUUUUUAUUUAUCGUCAUUUUGGAAAAUAUAUUCCGCAAAAUUGUACUCUGAUAACUGGUGGUGGCGGAUAUGGAACAGAUUUUAAUCGAAGAAAAUUAAGACGUAUUGCUCGUGAUAUGGAUUUUUCACAUAUUGGUUUAUCUGGCAUGGGUUCAACAUGGUAUGGGUCACCUUAUGAUGGAUAUUUAGUAGCUAAUCAAACAUUACAUGCAAUGCUUUGGUUAGCACAAUAUGAAUUUGCGACACCAGAACGAGAAUCAAAAUUGGGUACAUUAAUGUGGCCAGAAUGGCAUUAUGGUGUUUUGCUUCUCUAUGGUCAACAUUUAGCAAUAAAUCAUUUAGUUGGUCAAAAUCAAAUUCGAAUUAAAAUUGGUUCCGAUCUUCUUGAUCAAUCAACAACAGAUACUAAUCCACAAUAUGUUCAACAAGGCAUUCGUCUUAAUCUUCAUUGUUGGCAUACAGAUAAUCGUUUUUCUAAAUUUGCUUUUAAACUUGGUCAUUAUAAACAAUCAGAAUUAGAAAAAUAUCGAAAUGAUACUACGGCUCAAGCUUAUGCAAUGCGAAUGGCACUUGAAUCCAAAUAUAUGACACUUGAACAAAUGGCAAAAUUAGUGCGAAGUACUACAUGA